UCAGCUUUAAGACUCAAAAGGAAGUGUGUACAUCAUGUGAGAAGACGGUCUACCCGAUGGAAAGAUUGGUGGCCAACAACCAGGUCUUCCAUUCAUCAUGCUUCUGUUGCAAACACUGCAACGCCAAACUCAGCCUUGGCUCCUUCGCCGCUCUUGCAGGGGAGUUUUACUGCAAACCCCAUUUCCAGCAGCUGUUCAAAAGCAAAGGAAACUACGACGAGGGCUUCGGACGCAAGCAGCACAAAGAGCUCUGGGCCUCCAAGGAGUCGGAGAAUAUAACAAAGACGGCAUAAUCAUGUCUGCCUGUGUCCUAACUCAUCCCAUUCCCUGCCGUCUUUACUUUUCCUCCUCCUCCUCUUCCUUUUUAACAUCCUAAAUACAUCACAAUGAAAAGCAGGCCCCCUCCAUAUGUUUUUUUUUGGAGUUGGGUCACUGUUAAAAGUCAACCCCACCCCACCCCCUGCUCACUAGCUUUUUAAAUGCCAUCAGAACAGGUACAUGCACAAACAAGCUAGGAAAUUACUGGCCAGUUAUAAUCACUUCAAAUUUAUAUUUGGGGAUAAUCUUUUUUUUUGGGUUCAUGGUAUUUUCUUUUUUCUUUUUUUUUUCUUUUUAAAGUGUAUUUUUCCAAUUUCUUAUUUUGGAAUUGGUAAUUGAUUGUGACCAAAAGCCUUCUCUGGUAUGGGGAGUGUAAUCAUUUAUCUCUCUCUCUCUCUUAUUUGUUUUUAAAUUUCUUUUUAAAAUAAUUUGCACCCCUUUUUUUUUUUUUUAAUUUCUGAUUUAAAGUAAACUGUAUGCUCAGGCAAAAACAUAUCAGAGGGGGUAACAGAGCAUCCGUGUUUUGCAGUACAGAGCAUACACUCAGGUCAAUUUUCAGAGGAGUCUUUGCAUUACAUUUUGCAACGUCACUCCAACAUUUUUACAAAACACAACUCCAAAAAAACAAUAAUUAAUGAAUUAAUAGUCCUCAGUAUUAUUGUGACUUUGCUGUCAGACAAUUUAUGUCAGUUCGUCAGGUUUCGUGUAUUUGAGGAACUAACAGGGUACAGAGUACUGUAAGAAAACAACAAAAAAAACCAUAACCGCACACAUCAGCAACAGCUCACCUCUCGUUUGGUUCGAUUUUUUUUUUUUUGUGUGUGUGUGUGUUUUUAAACUUGAAGAUUGUUUGCUUCAUCCCAUAUUUUAUUUUAUUUUAUUAUUUUAGUGACCAAUUUGAGUCUAAACCUUGCAUGUUGGUAUGACUGGGUCUUAAUAGCCUUAUCUUGCGACUGCAUCGACCUUUUCUUUUGUGUUGUGAAUGGGUUUUUUUUUCUUUUUCUUGUCUGCAUCACUUUUUAAAAGUUUUUUUUUUUUUUUUUUAGGAGCACUUGAGUUUGGAUUUUGAUUGAUGUCAUCCAUCAGAGCGUUGAGUUUGAUCCUCCUCCUCCUCCUCCUCCUCCUCUUCUUUGAGCUUUUACGGUUUUAAACUUUGAACAGAAUUCUCUCUCAGAUUGUGUUUUGUAAACUAUCUGUACAUAGAGCUGUCGUUUGUGAUUAGUGAACACCCCCC